AUGAAGAGCACUCUCCUAUCACUGUCCCUCUUUCUAAUCGGCAGCAUGGCUGCAUUCGAUCCCUCCUGCCAGCACGUUGAUGCAAUUAUGACCUACACCAUCAAAUCCAACGACACCAUCUUCUCCAUCGCAGACAGCUACAAUACUACCGUCUGCGACCUCUCCCGCUAUAACCACAUCGCCGAUCCGCAAAUGCUCUAUGCCGGCGAGGAACUCUAUAUCCCCCCGCAGCGCUGCGCCCAUUCUGAUCCUUCGCGUUCAUGCCUCCUCACCAACCAAAACACAACCAACAUCUGUGUCAACGGCGGUCCGCAUACCUACACUACCUUUCAGGGCGAUACAAUCAGAAAAAUCGCCCUGGCCAAGUUUAACAUCACCAUCGACGCGCUGAACAGCACUGCCGGGCACAUGAUGUACGGUUCCUCUGCUGAUAUUGACGAUGAGAUUGAAAGUGGAAUAUCGAUCAAGGUGCCGCAGUGUCAUCCGAGUCGGUGCGAUUUUGAGCCGUUUUAUUAUACUUGGGGCACGUACAAGGAUCUUGCGAUCAAGUAUAAGACGACUCCCGGGCAUAUCUUUGCGUUGAAUCCGUCUUUUAACCAUAGUGAGACUGGGCCGGGUGUUGGGGGGUGGAUUACAUUGCCGAUGAAUUGUGGUCCGCUGUCUAAUAAUGUUACGGUGGUUUCUUGA